AUGACCACGCUGGCCGGCGCCGUGCCCAGGAUGAUGCGGCCAGGCCCGGGGCAGAAUUACCCACGCAGCGGCUUCCCGCUGGAAGUAUCCACCCCCCUCGGCCAGGGCCGAGUCAACCAGCUUGGAGGGGUGUUUAUCAACGGCAGGCCCCUGCCCAACCACAUCCGCCACAAGAUUGUGGAGAUGGCCCACCACGGCAUUCGGCCUUGCGUCAUCUCCCGCCAGCUGCGCGUGUCCCAUGGCUGCGUCUCUAAGAUCCUCUGCAGGUAUCAAGAGACGGGCUCCAUCCGUCCCGGUGCCAUCGGCGGCAGCAAGCCCAAGCAGGUGACAACGCCUGAUGUGGAGAAGAAAAUCGAGGAGUACAAAAGGGAGAACCCUGGGAUGUUCAGCUGGGAAAUCAGAGACAAAUUACUCAAGGACGCCGUCUGUGAUCGGAACACCGUGCCCUCAGUGAGUUCCAUCAGCCGCAUCCUGAGGAGUAAAUUUGGAAAAGGAGAAGAGGAGGAGACGGAUCUAGAGAGGAAGGAAGCAGAGGAAAGCGAGAAAAAGGCUAAACACAGCAUCGACGGCAUCCUGAGCGAGAGAGCCUCCGCGCCUCAAUCAGACGAAGGCUCGGACAUUGACUCUGAACCUGAUUUGCCGCUGAAGAGGAAGCAGCGCAGGAGCAGAACCACUUUCACCGCGGAGCAGCUGGAGGAACUGGAGCGCGCUUUCGAGAGAACCCACUACCCAGACAUUUACACCAGGGAGGAGCUGGCCCAGAGGGCGAAGCUUACCGAGGCCCGAGUGCAGGUCUGGUUUAGCAACCGCCGUGCAAGAUGGAGGAAGCAAGCUGGGGCCAAUCAACUGAUGGCUUUCAACCAUCUCAUUCCGGGAGGAUUCCCUCCCACCGCCAUGCCGACCCUGCCAACAUACCAGCUGUCGGAGACCUCUUACCAGCCCACAUCUAUUCCACAAGCUGUGUCAGAUCCCAGCAGCACCGUUCACAGACCUCAGCCGCUUCCUCCGAGCACUGUACACCAAAGCACUGUCCCUUCGAACCCAGACAGCAGCUCUGCCUACUGCCUCCCCAGCACCAGGCAUGGAUUUUCAAGCUAUACAGACAGCUUUGUGCCUCCAUCGGGGCCCUCCAACCCCAUGAACCCCGCCAUUGGCAAUGGCCUUUCACCUCAGGUAAUGGGACUUCUGACCAACCACGGUGGGGUACCACACCAGCCUCAGACCGACUAUGCUCUCUCUCCUCUCACUGGAGGCCUGGAACCCACGACCACGGUGUCAGCCAGCUGCAGUCAGAGACUGGAACAUAUGAAGAGUGUGGACAGUCUGCCCACAUCUCAGCCCUAUUGUCCUCCCACCUAUAGUACCACGGGCUACAGUAUGGACCCUGUCACAGGCUACCAGUAUGGGCAAUAUGGACAAAGUGCCUUUCAUUUUCUCAAGCCAGAUAUUGCGUAA